AUGGCUGAACACCCAUGGUGGAAGAUUAGGUGGUUUGCAAACACAGACACCCCGAAAGAGAGAAAGUUGAUAUUGAAGCUCGACCUUCUCAUCGUGCCCUACGUCUUCCUUGCAUAUUGGGUCAAGUACAUUGACCAGUCCAAUAUCAACAAUGCAUACGUUUCAGGCAUGAGGGAAGAUCUCAAACUCUAUGGCAAUGAACUCGUUCAGUUCCAAACGCUAUACACUGUUGGAGCUGUUUUUGGCCAGCUUCCCUUUAUGUACCUCCUCACCCAUGUCCCGCUUCAAUGGUUGAUACCUGCCGUCGAUGUCCUAUGGGGUUUAUUCACCCUUCUCCAGUUUCGUGCGACAAGUGCUUCAGAGAUAAUGGCAUACCGGUUUCUGAUUGGCUUUUUUGAGGCCGCUUUCUAUCCAUCAGUCCACUACAUGCUUGGAUGCUGGUACCGAAAAGAUGAGAUCUCUCGUCGUGCUGGCAUCUUUUAUAAUGGUACCACUGUCGGCGUUCUAACUGCUGGUCUGAUUCAAGCCGGUACGUCACGCGGUCUUCAUGAUGUACAUGGCUUGGCUGGCUGGCGAUGGAUGUACAUCAUAUGCGCAAUCAUAACUAUCCCAAUUGGUGUUCUCGGUAUCUUUGUUAUCCCCGGUACCCCAGCUAUGCCAAACCGAUUGGUCCUGAACCAGACCGACAUCGACCUCUCAGUUUCGCGACUGAAGUCAGCUGGCCACUCGACCUCCGAGAAAUUUCAGUGGAAAGUUCUAGGUCAGGUUUUAGGGAACCCAGUAUUUUGGGUGCUCUUGGUCAUCAUGACUUUAUUCUGGAACUCAGGCGGAGCCCAAGGUAGUGGAGCCUACCUCUUGUGGCUUAAGAGCUUGGAUCGAUACUCAAUCCCCAAGAUCAAUGAGCUAGGAACGUUACAGCCAGUCUGUGGUAUUUUCUUUGUUCUGGCAACCGCUUUCGCCUCUGAUCUGCUGGUUGGGCCUGUGUGGGCAUUGACAGGCGGCCACGUCUUUAACAUAGUUGGCCUGGUCAUCUUGGUGGUCUGGGAUGUUCCCGAGGGAGCCAAAUGGUUCGCAUUCAUGACUAACUUUGCUGCUGCGUCAACCUCCACCGUCGUCUAUGGCUGGGUAAACCAUGUUAUGAGGCAUUCUCCAGCCCAAAGAGCCGUGACACUCAUUAUCGGAACCGCUUGGGCACAAUCGUCCACGGCUUGGGUCGGACUUCUGACCUACCCGACAGUUGAAGCCCCUAGAUUCACCAAGGGCUUUUCUUUCGGUAUCGCCAUGUCCUGCACGUUGAUUGCAUUAUCUCAUCCACUAAGUUGGUGGAUAAAGUCUCGCCAAGAAAGCAAUAACGACGAGGAAAACGUUUCAGAAUCUACGAACCAUAUGAACAGUGAUUCCGGCCAGUCCAGCGACCUCGACGAGACAUUUCGCACAGUAACAGUGCAGAAGACCUAA